AACUAAUAGUGAAAAAAAAUACUCCACAACCUCACAUUUCGCGUCACUUAUUCGAUCAAAAAGUCCAUUUUUUCAAUUCGAUUAUAAUAUUUUAAUUUUUUAAUUUUAUUCCACAAUUUUAAGUAUUUUGGAUAAUUUUAACAAUUUUAAAGACUCAGAUGUUUAAAUUAUUUUCAAUUUUUAAUUAUUUUAGAAUUUUACUCAUUUAACGAACAAUAUAUAUAUAAAAGUCAUAAUAAUAAAUAAAUAGAAAAAAUAAUUUAAAGGAAAAUGGUUGCUGUCAGUGAAAAAAUAAGUGAAUCAAAUACGAACGAAAAAUUUAUCUACACAUAUUUUAUAAGUCUAUUGGUGUAUCAUAUUAUUUGUUUCUAUGGAAUAUUCACUUUUCCGUAUUUUAAUAAAAAGCGAACUUUUGCAUGGUUGAUAGUAAGCUAUUCAUUAACAGUGAUUGGAGUAACGGCAGGUGUUCACCGUUUAUGGACUCACUCUUCCUACAAAGCAAAGUGGCCAGUUCGAUUGAUACUUGCCAUUCUUUUCUACUCUAGUGGUCAGUUUAAAUUAAAAACCUGGGUUAAAUUGCAUCGUGCUCACCAUAAAUAUGCAGAAACUGAUGCCGAUCCUCAUAAUACAAAACGUGGAUUUAUAUUUGCCCACAUUGGUUGGGCAAUGUUGGAAAGACAUCCAGAGUGUAUUAAAAAAAUGAGACAACUCAAUAUAACUGAUAUUAUGGCAGAUCCAAUAGUAAAAUUCGGUGAUAGAUUCUUUGGUAUUACGGUAGUAACAUGUGCCAUAAUUCUUCCAUCAUUAGUGCCGAUAAUUUUUUGGAAUGAAACCUAUUACUGGGCAAUAAUGAGUCAGUUUUUUAUGCGCACUUUCUUCAGUACUCAUGUUGGUGGAUUUGGAAAUAGUCUCUUGCAUAUGUGGGGGACAAAACCUUACAAUAGAAACAUUAAUUCAGUGAAUAAUCGAAUAAUGAAUAUAAUUACGUUUGGGGAAGGUUGGCACAAUUAUCAUCAUUCCUUUCCAACGGAUUACAAAUCUGCCGAAUUUGGAUUUUAUAAAUUUAAUUUCGUCACAUUUCUCAUAGAAUUAUUGGCGAAAAUUGGUUUGGCCUAUGAUUUAAAACAACCGUCUGAAGCUUUAGUUAAAAUGACAUACGAAAGAAAGGGCGAUGGCAGUCAUCCAAUAUGGAAAACCGAGAUUCCUUUUAUAUCCAAUACUAUCAUCGUCACGUCCCGCAAUAUGAUUGAAAUUAAAUUCGGAAAAUUAAUGAUUAAAGACAUUGUAACUAUUUUACUGUUUCACAUUAUCAGUCUUUAUGCCAUCUUUACUUUUCCAUAUCUCGAUAAAAAGGCAACUAUCGCAUGGUUGAUGCUUGGUUACUUGUUGACGGCACUUGGAAUAACAGGAGGUGCCCAUCGUUUAUGGUCACACCGUUCUUAUAAAGCAAAAUGGCCUAUUAGGUUACUACUUGCAAUUCUUUUCUACUCUAGUGCUCAGUCCCGUUUGUCAUAUUGGGUGAGACAUCAUCGAGUUCAUCAUAAAUAUGCAGACACUGAUGGUGAUCCAACAAAUAUUAGACGUGGAUUUUUUUUCGCCCAUAUAGGUUGGAUGAUGGUGGAAAGUCAUCCAGAGUACAUUAAGCGAAUGAAGGAAAUCAACCUCACUGACAUUGAGGCAGAUCCAAUAGUGAAAUUCGGUGAUAGAUAUUAUGGUAUUACAAUAUUAACAUGCGCAAUAAUCCUCCCAUCAAUAGUGCCAAUUAUUUUUUGGAACGAAACCCUCUAUUGGGCAAUAAUGAGUCAAGUUUUUAUGCGCAUUUUAAUCAAUGGUCAUGCAACGGCUAGUGGAAGUAGCCUCUUGCAUAUGUGGGGUACUAAACCAUACAACAGUAAUAUUCCUCCAUCGAAUAACAAGAUAUUAAAUUUAGUCACACUGGGUGAUGGAUGGCACAACUAUCAUCACACAUUUCCCACGGAUUAUAAAUCAGCUGAAUUUGGAUUUUAUAAAAUAAAUAUUGUCACUUCUUUCAUUGAAUUAUUCGCAAAAAUUGGAUGGACAUAUGAUUUAAAGCAACCGUCCAGGGAAUUAAUUAAAAUGACUUGCGAAAGAAAGGGCGAUGGUAGUCAUUUAAUGUGGAAAGUAAAAGACUUGCAUUAAUUUUUUAAAAACAAUAAUAAUGUAAACUUAUUAAUGAAUUGACAAUUGUUUCGUGAAAAAUUCUGGGAAAAUUCAAAUAAUAA